AUGAUCUGGAGGUCAAUCAUCAAGAUGGCACAAAACAGCCUCGCUGAGGGCGUCUUCGGGCGACCCAAACGGACGGUCUGCACGACUUCCCUGGGCUGCACCAAGACGUACGAGACCGUUGUGGUCUUCGGCGCCAGCACCGACACCUACGACCGCGUCGGAAAGCUCAUCAAGAAGGGCGACUACAGCAACAUCACGCGCGAGCAGGUUGAGGAGGCGCUCAACUCGUUCCGCGGCAAGUUCCAGCAGAUGCCCCCGCUCUAUUCGGCGCUCAAGAUGAACGGCAAGCCCCUAUACGAAUAUGCGCGCGAGGGCAAGCCGAUCCCGCGCGAGAUCGAGACCCGUGAGGUCGACGUGACGGAACUCGAGAUGACGGAGUGGUAUGAACCGGGAACGCACAACCACCGGUGGCCGACGGAGGAGGCCGAGCAGGCCGAGAAGAACGUGGUCAAGUCGGUGUGGCAGGUGGCCAAGAACCAACAGGAGGGCACGACCAGCACAGAGGAGGCCGCGACGUUAAUACCGGAGAUGGUGGAGAAGGAGGUCAACGCGUUGGCGGACCAUGAGAGUAACAAGCGCGCGGCUGAGGAGCGCGUUGACGAGCUGGUUUCCGAGGAGCCCGCGGGCAAGAAGAGGAAGACGGAGACCGGUGCUGCCGAGCCCAUGAUGUCUGGUGCUCUGAAAGAUAAGAAGGGUAAGGACAAGAAGCAGGACAAGUACGCUAAGAACAGGGGUCUGGAUCUUGCUCCUCCUCCGCCGUCGCCCGAUACACCGUUCCCCUGGGAGGGCAAGGGUCCUCCGGCUGCCAAGAUCCGCAUGACCGUGACUUCGGGCUUCUACGUUCGCAGUCUGUGCCAUGACUUGGGCGAGAAGCUUGGGUGCGGCGCUAUGAUGGCUGAAUUGGUUAGGUCUAGGCAGGGCAAGUUCGUUUUGGGCACGGAUAACUGCAUGGAGUACUCCGACCUUGCCCUGGGCGAGGAAGUCUGGGCACCCAAGAUCCAGAAGGCUUUGGACCUCUGGAACAACAAGGACAAGGUGGCCAAGGCCCAGGCUGUCGAGCCGGUAGUAAAGAAGGAGGAGGUCAAGGCUGAGCCGGUCAAGACGGAAGAUGUCAAGACAGAAGAUGUCAAGACGGAGGAGGUCAAGACGAAGGAAGUCAAGGCCGAGGAGAUUAAGCCUGAGGAGGUCAAGACCGAAGAAGUCAAGACUGAGGAGCAGCCGGCAGGUGAGGUAAAAGCCGAAGAGUCUGCUCCCGUAAAGGACGAGGAGACGGUCAAGACGGAGCCUGAAUCGAAGGCAUAA